CGUGGAGUAGCAGAAUUUUUAUGACCUCUGAAAUUUCCGCGUCGCGCGUGACUUCAUUUUCGAUUCACUCCCGUGCCGAUUUCGUGGCUGCUCGUUCGCGGACCACGCGUUUUCCAUAAAACAUCAGCAGGAAAGCGUUUCCUGACCAGCGGUCUUUUGUCGUGGCGUAGUAUUGCCUGUGCAUGCCGCGCCUUCAAACAGCGUCUAACGAAGUUUUGCUUGCUCGUAUUCUCGUGGCAAUUACACACAUGCUGUAACUCUCAUUGGCGUAAUUAUGACUUUUGUUCUGGUGUGGCGCAAGCCCGUGGCUUUAUCAGUAGUGUCAAUAUCCCAUACUAAGCGUGACUAAGCGCUUUUUGGAAGUAUAUUUAACGACUUAGAAAUUUGGGAAGAAUUGGCAAUUUGGAAAUUUAAGUUUAGAAAUUUAGAAAUUGGGACUUGAUGAUUUGAAUAUUUCUAAUGCGAGGUGAUCUGCCGCCUACGUCUCUUGCGUUACGCAUGGAGGGUCGGUUCGUUUUCUUUGGAGGGGAGAGGUUAGAUCAAUUCUGAUUCCUCUUCGGAUACGUCAAUGCGUGAUGUAUAUAAAUUUUGCAAAACAGCCAAUACCAGUUAUCACUUGCAAUAUUUUAUCCUCUGACCAAGUAUGCAAUCAAACGAGUAUUUUAUUCAAAUGAAUUAAAAUUGGUUCAGCUGAUCUGAGAAAAUUGUAAUAUAAUUUAACCAGUGUUUUCAGCGAACGAACAACAGCGGUUAUUUUAAGGAAAUCAUAACACGUUCCAUUUUUAUUAUAAAUUUGAAAGUCUCACCGAAUCAAGGCCAUAAUUGUUGUAAUCGUACGUCAUUUCGGCGAAAAAAAAACCAUAAGACGAUAUUCGCAAAGAAUUCGCAAAAAGGAGACAGAGAAAACAUGUUUUUGUUGUUCUCAAAGUUGUUACAAAAUACGACCUAUAACAUUAUGUUAAUGAGAGGUGUUAACAGCGACAUCAAUUACGAUUUAUGCGUAACUCUUCUAUCUCCGGUAGGCUAUUUAACAUCCCAUAACGAGCGGCUUUAUUAAUAAAAUAUCGAAGAAACCCACGAUCGGCCUAUUAUAAAUACUAAUCUCGCGGUGGCUGUAAAAGCGAACGGAAGCAUGUUCCACGGAUCAGCGCGGUUGACAUGAAACCAUAAAAGUCGAAGGACACCGAAUUUUCAAUGAAAUUAUCAACAGAUACUUUUACGCGAUUACCAAUUUCUCCUGACCGAUCAUCGCCGCUUUCAAAAUCGGAAUCAUUUCUCGAUUUGAAGGCGGCAACUUUCUAACGUGUUAUUUUGAAAUUCCGGAAGACAAACGAGCCAGUUUUAUCGCUCGGACCAUCAUCCGGCGUGUUUCUCGCGACACAUCGACCAGGGUCAAGCAUCCUUCUCCGUCCACGGCAGGGAGUUCGGUUUUUCAUUAAGAAAUAAGGCAAGGAUUUUGACGUCAACACUAGGCGAGUCUUCGCCUCCCACUAAAGCCCGGCUUCACGGUUGGAUGUCCUCGGCGCAGAUGCGACUUCUGGAAGGGCAUGUCUGGACGCCCGCUACAAGCACGGCGUCGACGAGGAAGCCAGGAACAGGUCGAUCAGUCAGUCCGUGAGAUGUCGUCGACACGAGCGGACACUUCUUGAAGCCCUUGGUGUCGUCUGCGCGUGUGUGGUGCCGUGUCUGCGUGUUCGCAAGCAUGUGCAAACGCGUGUUGUCGUGAGCAGACCACCAAACCGAAGCUUCCGCGGAUUUUCCUUCUGGCAGAGUGCCGACACUCCUGGACGACGUCGUCGGUGCAACGGGGAUCCGAGCGAUAAGGUCCACAUCGCGGUAGAUAGCCUGCUAUCGCCGGAGAAGUCUCUUAGUCCGCGGUGGUACCACGACAGUGGCGCGUCGCGAACCUCGUCGUAGAACGCCGCAGUUUCGAGCAAUUUUCGGAGAAUCACGAGCAACAGAAAACGUGUCCUGCCUGACAAUUGCGCACCUUCGAUUCAUCAGGGAAAAUUCGACGUAGCUCAUCAUCGGAGGAACGCAAGUGGUCAAGCAUUAUCGAACAUGAUCCGAUGAUGCCUCACAAAAUGAGUCUGCCCGUCCAACGAUUCAUCCGCGAUUGUUUGUCAUGCUAGUCGUGCCACGCAACUUUUCAUCGGCUAGAAAGCAGCCAGAAAACGCUGUCAGUCUCGACCACGAAUCGAUAAAGCGGAGCGUGGUGGUUCUACGGCGGUGGAGAGAUUCCAAAGUCUGACCAGACGGCUCUCCCUUUUCUGCUCCUACAAAGGGAAGAAAGACCGUUAUCAAAAUGUUAACUUGCUGGGUGUUGACCGGCGUCUUCGGGGCCAUUGUGUUGCUCUACGGCCUAAUAGAGGUUCACUACUUCUUGCGCAUGUUCUUCACCGUGCUCUUUGCGCGGUUCUGCAAGAAAAAGGCACACAUCCUCGAUGAGACUACCGUAUACGGUAUCUGCACCACGACGGACGUGGACACGCUUCUCUAUCACAUGAACAACUCGAGGUAUCUCCGUGAGCUCGAUUUUGCCAGGGCGGAUUUCUACGAACGCACGAACCUGUACCGCGAAAUCUGCUCCCAAGGAUCCGGCGUCGUUCAGGGUGCGGCGACCAUCCGUUAUCGUCGCUUCGUGAAGCCUUUGUCCAUCUUCAAAAUAACUUCUAAGAUCAUAUACUGGGACGAGAAGUCCGUGUUCAUGGAACAUCGGUUCAUUACACCCAGUGACGGAUUCGUCAGGGCCAUUGCAAUCUGUAGGCAGAAACUUUUGGAUUGCAGUGCAGAGGCUGUCAUUGGCUCCUUGAUGGAACGAGGAGUGAAACAAAACGGUGUUGAGGCUGGUGUAACUCAGAUACCUCACGUGAGGCCGCAAAUGCCACCGGAAGUAGCAAGAUGGUUGGAGAGCAACGAGAUCUCAUCGGCGCUCCUUCGUCAGUCAGCUGCAGUGGCGACCAAUUGCUGACAAACGGAGGAGACGGCGUCCACAGCGAAUGGCGCCGUUUCCGCUUCCGUCUACGCGACCACGACCGUGUAGGGUCGAAAGUGAAGCCGUUUCGUCGGAUCUCGUCCGACUCGUAGCCGACUGUUCGAGAAUCAAUUUUUACGGUGAAGGAGAUACGGGUGAUCGCGUUAAGUUUGAAAGUUUUAUAUGGUUGUAAACUGCUCGUCGAUCGAGUCAAGGGUCAAAGUGGCAUCGUCGCUUGAAACUUGACAUCCGUCCGCCUGGAAAAUUGAUUCAGCCUAACGAAGACGUUGUGUCGAAAGUGUCUACGAUAGGAGAAAGUACAGAAAUAGAGCGAAACUAUUUUACUAGCGAUUGUACGCCUCGAGCGAUGGCUUUCGAACUUUUCGGUUUGACAACAGUGGGACUGCGCUUUGGAGAAGCUGCAACCGUGGAACGGGCUGCCGCAGUUCGUCGAGCGAACAUUUGCGAUUGUAAUCGACGAUUUUACUGUUAAUGAGCUUCCAAAGCUUCGACGGUCGCGGUUGUUGAAUAUUCUCCGUUGAAAGUAAUCGUCAGGCGGUUAUUCGCUACUUCCUUUUUUAAACGCGCCGCGCGAACGGCGUCGGUAAUGAAUCGCGGGAACACAGAUUCUACGAAAGUCGCAGGAUACUGGAAAUGCAAGAACAAUCAGAAGUCGAGAGUAUUUAUACAUACAGUGUUGUCUCGAAAAUUAACCAUCGAUGCAACCGACGCUUAGAAGCUUCGUAGAUAUGUGGUUGUUCCUCGUUCGCUCGCGACAGCCAAGGAAAUUUCUAUUGUAGAGAUUCGGAAUUUAAGAAAUCACGAGUGGUACCUUUCGAGACAGCACUAUACUUCUAUACACAGGUGCCUUUAUGUACAAGUCACGAAUGGGAUCUCUUCCUGCGAUUAUAGACAGCCUUCAGACAUCGGAACUAGCGAGAAACGUGAACACCUUUGUGAUAGAGAAAAUAUUACAACUUUGAACUUUGAAAAUCUGUGAAAGCUUUAUCUACAAAUGUUUAUCGCUGUACGUAGUCUCGUGGCUGACUUAUUUCAGUUUCAAAUGUUCGACUGCAUUUUUAACGAGGUUUUAAUGUCGUUCCCGUGUCGAAGCGAGGUUUACAGUAAAGUUUUUAAAUAUAUUUGUACAGCCUUCCAUUACCGACGCUACUUGCACGGCCGGUUCCUUCGAAGAUAUUCCACCGAAUUUCGAACGAAACCAAUACCGUAGUUUUGGUCAUUUAAUGUAGCCAAUCUCGACAGCUAUAUAGCAUUACGCACCUGAUGAAACGUUACCAUAACUUCUAGAUGAUAAAUAAUGUCACAUCUGUCGAAAUAAUACUGUGUCGAUCGUGUCGAGAACACGUGAUUGUCCGGAAAGAUGAAUAAAUUAUUCUUUAGAUG